AUGGAAGGCCACGAGGACUGGAGCGCGAGCUUCUACAGCGACGAGGUCUACUCCCCGAUGUCCAACAGUUUAACCGGGUCUCUGCAGAUGUCGUCCCUGUCGUCGGCUCCUCUGUCCUCCUCGGCUCCUCUGUCCUCAAGCUGUUUGGGCUCUGGUCUCUUGUCCCCGAUGUCUCAGAUGUCCUCAGUGUCUCAGAUGAACGCUGCAUCUCCUCACGCCUCGUCCCAUGUCUCGUCCCACGUCUCCAUGGCGACGGCGGUGCAGAUGCAGCCAAUGUCGCAGAUGCAGACGGUGUCGUACAUGUCAACCUCUGGCUCUCAGUCGUUCGGUUACUGCGAGGCGCCACAAGGGGGCGCUCUGAGCCCCGCCUACGCCUCGUACGGUGCUAAUAGACGCGACACCAAGUCUUUCCGCCGUAGCUAUCCUCACGCCAAGCCGCCGUAUUCCUACAUCUCCCUCAUCACCAUGGCUAUACAGCAGGCGCCCAAUAAAAUGCUGACGCUGUCGGAGAUCUACUCCUGGAUCAUGGAGCUGUUCCCGUUCUACCGCCACAACCAGCAGCGCUGGCAGAACUCCAUCCGCCACUCACUCUCCUUCAACGACUGCUUUGUCAAAGUCUCUCGUUCUCCAGAGAAACCAGGGAAAGGCUCUUACUGGACGCUGCAUCCGGACUCUGGGAACAUGUUUGAGAACGGCUGCUACCUGCGCCGCCAGAAACGCUUCAAGUGCGACAAGAAACUGAAGGCUAGCCCCGCCUCCAACACUGCUAACCCCACCCCCGAGCAGCUGCCCUCCCACAAUGCACCUCUGCCCUCCCACAAUGAACCUCUGCCCCCCCACAAUGCACCUCUGGAGCUAAAGGACGACCCGCGCUUUGCCUUCGAUCACCCCUUCUCCAUCCACAGCCUCAUGUCACAUGGCGCUAAUGCUAAUGUUGCUAAUGCUAACAUUGCUAAUGGCUACGGCGGCCGCGGCUUGGAGCUGGAUCCAAACUACUACAGCGCCCCCUACCCCCGGACUCUACUCCAUAGCUCUUAG